CGGCCGCCGGACUUCAUCAUGCUGCGGGGCUAGAGCCGCCGAGGCGCCGCCGCAGCGCAGCGGGGUAAUAAUGUUAACAGAGACCAGUCUUUCCAUAUGGGGAUGGGGAAGUCUUGUGCUUUUUCUAGCAACUUUUGGACCCUUCGCUAUAUUUUACUUUGCAUUUUAUAUCCUCUGCUUUGUGGGUGGGGGUUUUGUGGUUACUCUUUUAUUUGGAAAAAGCAAUUCAGAAAAAUACCUUGAGCAGUGUGAACAUUCGUUUCUCCCUUGUACAUCGGUUGGGAUCCCUAAGUGCAUAGAAGAAAUGAAACGUGAGACCAGACCUAUUAAGAUUGAUAGAAGACUGACAGGUGCAAACAUAAUUGAUGAACCUCUGCAACAGGUAAUACAGUUUUCCCUGAGAGACUAUGUGCAGUAUUGGUAUUAUACACUAAGUGAUGAUGAAUCCUUUCUUCUGGAAAUUAGGCAGGCUCUUCAGUAUGCACUUGUUCAGUUUUCUGCCAGGUCCAAGGAAACAGACUGGCAGCCUUAUUUCACUACACGACUUGUUGAUGACUUUGGCACUCAUCUUCGAGUUUUCAGAAAAGCUCAGCAAAGGAUAGCAGAAAAAGGCAAUCAGAUGAAAGAUCAAGCUGAGGAACUUGUAGAUACAUUCUUUGAGGUUGAAGUUGAAAUGGAAAAAGAAGUCUGUCGUGAUCUAGUCUGCACUUCUCCCAAAGAUGAAGAAGGAUUCCUAAGGGAUCUGUGUGAGGUUUUACUGUAUAUAUUGCUACCUCCUGGAGACUUCCAGAACAAGAUCAUGCGAUACUUUGUCAGGGAAAUCCUCUCCCGAGGAAUUCUUCUUCCAUUAAUAAACCAGCUCAGUGAUCCUGAUUAUAUUAAUCAGUAUGUCAUAUGGAUGAUUCGUGAUUCCAACUGUAACUAUGAGGCCUUUAUGAAUAUUAUUAAAUUAAGUGAUAAUAUAGGAGAGUUGGAAGCAGUGAAAGACAAAGCAAGUGAAGAAUUGCAAUAUCUUCGAUCUCUAGAUACAGCAGGAGAUGAUAUCAACACUAUAAAAAAUCAAAUAAACAGUUUAUUAUAUGUUAUUAAAGUAUGUGAUUCAAGAAUUCAGAGGUUGCAGUCAGGAAAAGAAAUAGAUACUGUGAAACUGGCAGCAAACUUUGGAAAACUUUGCACAGUCCCUCUGGACCAUAUUCUGGUAGACAAUGUUGCACUACAGUUUUUUAUGGAUUACAUGCAGCAAACUGGUGGCCAAGCACAUCUGUUUUUCUGGAUGACAGUGGAAGGAUACAGGGUUACAGCACAGCAACAGCUGGAGGUACUUCAGAGCCGGCAGAAAGAUGGAAAACAUCAGACUAAUCAGACCAAGGGUCUAUUAAGAGCAGCUGCAUUUGGAGUUUAUGAGCAAUAUUUAUCAGAAAAGGCAUCUCCAAGAGUUAAUAUUGAUGACAACUUAGUAGCAAAACUUGCAGAAACACUGAACCAUGAGGAUCCAACACCUGAAAUCUUUGAUGACGUUCAGAGAAAGGUGUAUGAGUUGAUGCUGCGAGAUGAGAGGUUCUACCCUUCGUUCAAGCAGAAUGUGUUGUAUGUGCGUAUGUUAGCUGAGCUGGAUAUGCUGAAGGAUCCCAGUUUCAGAGGAUCAGAUGAUGGUGAAGGAGAAUCUUUUAAUGGGUCUCCUACUGGCAGCAUAAAUCUGUCCUUAGAUGACCUUUCAAAUGUCCCUUCUGAUGAGACAGUCCAGUUCCAUGCAUACAUCUCAGAUACUGUCUAUGCUGACUCUGACCCAUAUGCUGUGGCAGGAGUGUGUAAUGACCACGGCAAGACAUACGCCCUGUACGCCAUCACCGUGCACCGGCGAAACGCAAACAGUGAGGAGAUGUGGAAGACGUAUCGGCGUUACAGUGACUUCCAUGACUUCCACAUGAGGAUCACUGAGCAGUUUGAAAACCUUGCAAAUAUAUUAAAACUUCCUGGAAAAAAAACAUUUAAUAAUAUGGACAGAGAGUUUUUGGAAAAGAGGAAAAAAGAUUUAAAUGCUUAUUUGCAGCUCUUGUUAAAUCCUGAAAUGAUGAAAGCUUCUCCAGCUUUAGCCCAUUAUGUGUAUGACUUCCUAGAGAAUAAAGCCUACAGCAAAGGGAAGGGGGAUUUUGCACGGAAGAUGGACACAUUUGUAAAUCCACUGCGUAACUCUAUGAGAAACGUAUCAAAUGCAGUCAAGUCUAUCCCUGACAGCCUGGCAGAGGGAAUGACUAAAAUGUCAGACAACAUGGGUAAAAUGUCAGAGAGACUGGGACAAGACAUAAAGCAAUCAUUUUUCAAGGUACCACCUCUGAUGCAGAAAACCUAUUCAGAUCCUGACCAUUGUCGUGUUGCAGCACCAAUUGAUGACAAUGUGGAUGACAAUAUUCCACUGAGAGUAAUGCUCCUACUUAUGGAUGAAGUCUUUGAUUUAAAGGAGAGAAAUCAGUGGUUAAGAAGAAAUAUAAAGAAUCUGCUUCAGCAACUUAUUAGAGCAACAUAUGGUGACACAAUUAAUAGAAAAAUAGUUGAUCAUGUUGAUUGGAUGACAUCUCCUGAGCAAGUAGCAGAUGCAGUGAAACGCUUCAGAGAUGCUUUUUGGCCCAAUGGCAUUUUAGCAGAAGCAGUUCCACGAAGGGACAAAGCUAUUAGAAUGAGAACAAGAGUUGCAGGGAAAACCAAAUUGCUGGAGGUAAUGCCAGAUGAACUGAAGCACAUCAUAGGCGCUGAGACUACGCGGAAAGGCAUUCUUCGAGUCUUUGAAAUGUUCCAGCAUAGUCAGCUGAAUAAGAGAAUGGUGUAUGUGUUUCUGGAGAGAUUCCUAGAAACAUUAUUUCCACAAAAUAAGUUCCCCGAGCUGUUCAACAAACUGCAUUCAAGGUCAAAGCAAAUGCAGAGAUAUAAGCAGAGACUACAUUCUACUCAAGCGCCUUCCUUACAGAAAAGAAUGUGGCUUCCUAAUUCAGUGGUGCCUGUUGGCUGGCAAGAACCAUCAGAAAUGAGUACUUUCUGUUAAAGCGAGUUUGUAUGUAUCUUUAUUUAAAAGGUUUUCCUGUUGACAAUUUGAAGUACCCAUGCUGUCAACCCAUGCAGCCUAUUCUAGGAAGUCUCCAAAACUGAAUGUUAAUCUACAGCACUUAAGUGUCUGGGUGUAUCUUCUGGCCUUUAGGUGCUGUGACUGGCCGCUGAAAAUUGUGCCACUGUCAACAAAUGCACUUGUUUUAGCCUUAAUUAUUUUUAAGAGAAAAUGAGCAAUUGAAUUUUUCAUUUGAUUCAUCCUCAAGCUUGUGCUGCUGGUGUUUGCUAGAACUAAACAGUAAAUUUUAGAGCUACCAGAAUGUGUACCAAAAUGAAACUAUAUGAAUUCCACAAUCUAAAUUUUAAUUUUGUGCAAUAUUUUCAUUUAAUGCAUGUGUAUUUGAAUAGCUGUAAAAUAAAUGAAUUUUUAAUGUUCUGAAGUCUAGGUUAAAAAUGUUUUCUCAGGUGAACAAUUCUGCAUUCUGUUGUUAUGUUAGUUUAUUUAAGGACUUGUUUUAAAAGUCUAAUUUGUUACUCCUUUGUUAAUUCCUUUGUUCUCAAUGAUCCUUGCUCUCCUGAGCAAAGCUCAUAUAUUACAAGGGAAGAAUCUGAAGAACACAUCUCAUAAACUCAUAGAGCUGUUAUAAAUUACUUGUGCAUAUCAUUGUACAGUAAGUGUCAGCUGUGUGCCUAAUUGUUCUAUUGAUGCUUUUUCCCUCCCCUGCCCCUCCUCUUGUUUCUGUAACAAAGAAUGAACAUGAAAUGGGCUGCCAAGUGGUCACUUCUACUGAAUGGCAGAGGACUCUGAAUUUUUUUUUUUUGGAGUUUGCAUUUAUGUUCUGUCCAAUAGAAAGCUAAAAAAUUACACUAAUAAAGUAUUAACAGGA